CGGUCAGGUCAUGUUUCGUGGCGCCAUGACGAUGCCAAAACGAUCCAAGCCAUCGGUGCCCAAGCCGACCCUGCCGCAGAACGUCUUUACCAAGAUAGUGAGCUACCUCGACAGGCACACUACCUUCUUUGCGGCACUGGACGCCCUUGCAACGGUCGAGCGGGAUCCGUUCCUGCUUGCCCUUUCGACGCUUCGCCAAGACUGCGCACCAUGGCAGCUCUGGCCACUUUUUCAUGCAAGCGACGUUGCUGCUGCAUCCGGAGGGCUCGGGGCAGUGUUUGAUCUCGCUUUGAGCAACCACCCGCUCGUGCAACUGGAAACCAACAGUCCGGUGCGGUACUUUAGCAUGGUCUCGGGCGACGUGCACCUGACGGCGGACGCGGCGAUUCUGGUUCAUCUCAACGACGCGUCCUUGGCAAAGGUGACUGACUUGGCCGUGGAGAUGGCCAUCGGACAAUCGCUCCAGGGCGUGAUGGCGCACGUGACCCACGCCCGCCGAUUGCGAUCGCUCAGCCUCUCGCUGAACAUUCGUGAGUUUACCCAAGAAGCCACGCCCGAGGUACUUCGCGAGGCGGUGCCAUCCAACCUGCGGUCGAUGCGGCUGAACGUCUUUGGGCGCAGCACGCCCCUUGCCGAUGAGGCCACGGCGCGCUACCUCGCACAGGUGCUUUUGUCGUUACCCAUCACAGCGCUCGAGCUCCACUCGGUGCGAAUGGACGUCUUUGCCGCGCGAGUGCUCUACGAUGCGAUGGUUGAUGCACCCAAGCUGUGUAAGAUGGUCCUUAUGGCAAACACGGACCUUGCUUGCAUGCUUGCGGCCUUUGGCCAGCCGUGGACGUGCCACCGUCCUCACGAGCAUGAGUCAAGCUGCAACGAGAGAGCAUUUGCGUCGGCCAAGCUCGUCUUUCCCAACAUUGAGUCAUGGACCAUCGUGCCACGGCAGUCCGAGACAAGCCGCGCCUUGCAGACGCUGGCUGUCAUGACCCACGCGCGUAGAUUCUCGGUGCACCUUCUGGGCGAUCUGGACGAGACAGACUUUGUAACCAAGCUUUUGCCGCGCCUUGGGCGACUCUCGCGCUUGCAAGGGGCUCAACUCUCGGGGCAGCAACUCUUUGCUAACGCGUCUCGCGUCGCGCUGCUGAUCGAGACACUGCGCGAGUUGCGUCAUCUGUCGUCGUUGCGCCUCAACUACACGGGUCUCGCGACGGACGGUCUUCGAUCGCUGCUGCCGUUAAUGGCCGCGCACCCCCAGCUCGCGCAUGUCGACUUGGGUGAGAACAACUUGGCGGACGACGCGGUGCCUUUGCUAAAACAAGUGAUUGCAAUGCCGCAGAUGCAGUCGCUUUGGGUCACCGCCAACAACCUCACGGACCGUGCCAAGCAUGAACUCUGUGACUACCUGCGUCAACUACGUCGGUCGUCACUGCACUUGGGACUGGACGACGGCGAUCUCAAUUGCGAUGUGUAGCAGACCUUGAUCGGUACACGUCCAUUUCCGCGUUCAAAGCAUUGAGCU